UUUUUUUAAUUUGAUGUUCAAAGUAACAGAGCCGGCCUCUCUCCUCUUUGCAGGAUGUCGGUGUUUCGACCGGGGUUAUUUACGGGCCGGGUGGCGUUGGUCACGGGUGGGGGUUCGGGCAUAGGUAAAGCCAUUGCCCAUGAGCUUUUAACAUUGGGUUGCCAGGUGUCGAUUGCGUCUCGAAAUUUGGAGAGACUGGACAAAGCCGUCGAAGAACUUCGACCUCGAGGCGAUAUCCAGGCUGUUCAAUGCAACAUCCGUAAUGAAGAGGAUGUUCGUGCCGCUGUGACGUCUACCUUGAAGACAUUCGGACGAUUAGACUACUUGGUAAACAAUGGUGGGGGUCAAUUUCCGGCUUUGUCCGAAGACAUCACCCUGAAAGGUUGGAAAGCCGUGAUCGAAACCAACUUGACGGGCACAUUCUUGAUGACGCGUGAAGUGUAUCGACAGCAUUUUGAAGAGCAUGGUGGGGUGGUAAUCAACAUUGUGGCCGACAUGUUUCGUGGCUUCCCUAUGAUGUCUCACACGGGCGCAGCUCGCGCCGCCGUCGAAAAUCUAACCAAAUCUUGGGCCACGGAAUGGGCAGAAAACGGGGUUCGGGUUAAUGCCGUGGCUCCGGGCAUUGUGUUCUCGCCCUCGGCCCGUGACAACUAUAGCUUUGACGUAUUUAGUGAAGCUCGCUCCGAAAUCCCGGCCAAGCGUUUAGGCACGCCCGAGGAGGUGUCCUCGGCGGUGUGUUUUUUACUCUCUCCGGGCGCUUCCUUCAUCAAUGGAGCCACUUUGCGGGUGGAUGCCGGUGGCAGUCUGUACUCUAAGUUGAUGAAAGUGAUCCCAGAGCACUCGAAAAUGCCCGCCUAUAAAUGGCAAGAAGAUGGUACUCCCGCGUCCAAAUUAUGAUUUUGAGUUAGGAGUUGUUCACUUUCAUCCGGAAUGGAGUAGACGUGAUUCCAUUCAUCUCCGUUCGAAAAGUUGAAAAUAUAAAUCCUACUCUAAAAUUCA